AACCAAAACGAGAAGAAAAGAGCCCAACAAUGGCGGAUUGGCAAAACCUUCCGGAUGAGCUCCUGGACAUAAUAGCCACAAAAUUCACCACCAUCUCCGCCAACAUCCGAUUCACCGGCGCAUGCCGUUCGUGGAGAAUCGCCGGCUUACAACACCGUCUCCCCCUAACUCAGCGGCGACGGAUUCCAGGCCUCAUGCUUCCCCCAAAUCGCCAAAGCAAAUUACACAAUUUCCCCUGCAAAUUCAUUCCACUAACCGAGUUCAUCAACCAUGGUAAGAAGAAGAAGAACAACAACAGGGGCGGCGAAAUUCCGUGGCGGUUGGGAAAGAGGAGCGUCUGCAUCGGGUCGUUGAAAGGAUGGAUGCUUAUUCUGGACUACGACUGCAAAUGGAGGCUGCAGAACCCUGUGACGGGCGCGGAAUUCGCUCUUCCUGCAACCGGAUCGAGACUGAAGAGGAGUGAAAAUUAUCAGCCAUUCGUGUGGUGGGUUAAUAGGCAUCGAUAUAGGGUUUCAAUCUGGGCUCCUCCUCCUCCUCCUCCCUGGAGCGGCGGCGGCGGUGGUCACUCUGUUUCCGUUUCCGAUUGGUUCGUCUCCGUCGUCGAGCCUUGGAAAACCCACAUGAGGUAUUGCAGGGUUGGAGAUUCGAAGUGGGUAGUUGUGGAUUUUUCAGAGCGUAGGCUUGGAAUAGUGGAUGCACUCUGGGCUGAAGAAGAAGGGUCUCUUUAUGUGUUGAAUGCAGCAGGGGAACUCUUCUGCUGCGAAGGCGGCGGCCCGGAUAAGAAGCAGAACAAGAGGCUCGUGGCAUUUGGCAUUGCUAACUUCUUGGAACAGGAUCAAUGGAGAGCAUUCAAAUUCCUGGUGGAAGUUGAGGGGGAGAUUCUGCUGCUUAGCCGGAGGAUGGAAGCUCCCCAAAGUGCUGGCAUGUUUGAGUUUAAGAGAACUAGCGGGUUCGAUGUGUACAGACUUGACAGGGAGGGGAUGGCGUGGGCUGAGAUGGCGGAGUUGGGAAAGCUUGCUGUGUUUGUAGGGUUUGGGCAGCCGUUCUGGGUUCGAGUCGAGCCAGAGUCGGGGAUCAAAGGGAACUGCAUUUACUAUCUGGAUAUGGAAGAAAAUAGUUGUAUUUGGUACGGUAUUUGUGCGUACGAUUUGAAGACCUCAACGGUUGAGUUCUUAGAUUUCGAACUUGAGAUGCCACGGUACGGGUCCUACGGGAAACCAGCCCGAUUGCCUAUACCCAUAGCUCCAGAGUCUUGGUGAGACGGGGGACGAUGGCUCUAGCUGAAGGGAAGGAGGGGAGGGAGGGAUGCGAUACCAGAAAGCUUGUGUUAUUGAUACAAUAAUGUUAUGGAUUCAAGUUGAACUUGUGAUUGUUAUGUAUAAAUUUUUAAAGGACAUAUGAAGUUAGUUAGUUAGUUAAUGACCACUAAUACAGUAAACAAUCUUUUUGUUCCAACGUGAAACAAAUUACUAAAUCAAAUGAACAAUCAUGUCGUUUAAUAAUUUACGUCUCAACAAAAUGGAACAACAGGGCAAAGAAGAGUUGGUAAACCAGAAGGGGAAUGACACGAUGAAACAAAAUGAUAAUGGUACGGGGAGCCUAUCCCUUUGGGUGAAUAAAUGAGAAUACUUUAC